AUGCCUCCAAAGAAGAAGAGUACCCCGAAGGCCAGGAAGGCAGAGCUGGUUUUUCUUGAGAGGCCAUGGGCAGGACCCAUUCAUUGUUAUGAAACUCCACUGCAUUCAGCUGAGAAUCCCAGAUGUGUGCCUACAAAACCUGUGGACAGGAACACCUCUGCUGCCUGGGUGUGCCCUCAAUUUGACACAACUAAGUCACUGGUGUUGAAAGCAUGCCAGAAGAAGCAUCGUGGUCCUCACAAGCCCUAUAAUCAGAAAGCCAACAACAGUACAUUUCAUGCAGGAGGAGCUUGCAGAUUUCCUCCUUUAACUUUUGAGAAUCCAGAAGGACAUGCAGUCCCUCGGUUGGAUGAUCCAAAUCGCUUGAGAAAGAACGCACAAUGCUCUCACAACCAGCCUAAGAAAGGGACAGCAGCAAAUGCCAGCAUCCAGGUGAAGAGUCCAGAGAACUGUGGAGAGCCUGUGGAGCAAGAAGUCCUUUGUCCACCAGAUGCAGAUGCUGCGCAGGUUCCCUCCCCAAGGAAUGUGAGAUGCAGCAACACUCCGCCACAAAGUAGUCAUGCCUGGCAUCCAGAGAAUGAGAUGGAAUUUGGUAUUGAUCCCCGUGGGAGAGAGGAGGCGGCAGCAGUACUGGUUACGGAUACUCCCGAGCACGAGUAUGGAAUAAAGGUCACCUGGAGACGGCGGCCUCACAUAAUGAAGUACCUGCGGGAGCAAGGGAAGCUGAGCGCUGCGGACACCCUGGUGAAGGCAAACAUGGAGCUGUCGAGGGGACAGGCCCGCUCCUGA